UCAUAAUAAAACUGAUUCAACGUUUGGCUCCUAUCAAUUAACAUUUUAUAACUGUAGUGCAUUUUCAACAUGUUCAUCAUGUACAAAUGUUAUUCAAUCUUCUUCAUUAUGUUCAUGGUGUCCUACUACAGCCACAUGCAUUGAUAGUACAUCAACAUGUCAAAUUGAAUUAAAACGACCUAAAACAUCAAUCUCAAAUCAAAAUGAUUGUCCAGCUAUGUAUUUCACUCAACAAUAUCGAAUUUCAUUUGAUAAUUUUGAUAUAUCGAUUAAUGUUAAAAUUGAGCAAUGCAAUAAAAAAAAAUUCUAUUUACAAAAAAUGGAUUAUUGUAUGUUACGUGAUUUUAGAAAACGUUCAUCUCUCAUCACACGACAAUAUAAAUUAAUUCAAAUAGAGACAAAUAAUAAUAAUGAUGAUGAUUUAUGUUUGUUAACAUGUCAAUUUACAUGGAUUAAUCAACAACAACAUAUUUCAUCUUCACGUAAACCGUUAAAUAUGGAAUUAUCUCUACAUUUAAUUAAUAAUUCACUAUUAAUACCAAAAUAUUAUUCAACAUCACAAAUUCAAUUAUAUAAAUGUGAAAAAAUGGCACAUAAUUGUUCACAAUGUUCAAAUUUACAUCCAUUAUACAAUUGUGUAUGGUGUAAAAAUGGAUGCCGUCUAAGCGGUACAGUGUGCGAUAGAGCAACAAACAAACAACAAUUGUGCGUUCCACCUCAAAUUGAAACUAUUGAACCAAUCAAUUAUCCAAAGAAUGGUGGUACAAUGGUAACAAUAACAGGAAAACAUUUAACAACAAUAAUGAAUGAUAGUCCAAUUAAUAUUCAAUUGGCUGGUAUACAAUGUGAAAUAAUUAAAGAAAAAUCAGAUUCUAAUCAAUUGAUGUGUCGUGCUGGAAAUGCUGAACAAAAUAAAUCAGGUCAUGUAAAAGUGACGAUUGAUGGUCAACACAGUAUCAGUGAACAGCAUGUGUUCUAUCUAAUGCCCUUAGUUGAAUCAAUUGAACCUUUAUUUGGUAUUUUGGAUGGUGGAACAAUAUUAACAAUAAUUGGACAAAAUUUUACCCUUGGUAAUCAAUUUGUAACAGUAACAAUUGGUGAAAGUCUAUGUAAAAUAUUAAUCAUACAAAUGAAUUUUAUUCAAUGUCAAACAUAUCCAUUUGAACGUAUUGGAAAUAAAUCUAUCACCAUCACAUUUGAUGAACAAACGAGUAUUAUUUUUCAACAAUUUUUUUACGUUGUUCAAAAUCCUACAAUUGAUAUUGAUUAUCUUAUACCUCAACAAAGUUUUGUUAGUGGUGGAAGACAUAUACAUAUAAUGGGAACAAAUUUUGAUUUUCUUCAACAAAUUAAAAUGGAAUUUUCAUUAGAAAAAUCAACAUCGACUGUUUAUGUAUCAUCUAUGCGACGUUUAAGUAAUUCAACUCAUCUUGUUUUCUUAACACCUUCAUAUCAUGAUUUUAAUUUAACUACACUACAAUCGACUCUACCACCAAUUAUCAAUAUUAAAUUGGAUCUUGAUGGUUAUAAUUUCACACAUUCAUCUCUAUUUCUUCAUUAUGUCAAUGAUCCAAUUAUUUACGAAUUAGAACCUCCAUUGAUCCGUCCUUAUUCUAGUGAAUUAGUUAUAUUUGGAAAUAAUAUGACUUCAAUUGGUCAUACAAUGAAUGAUGUUUUUGUCCAUAUUGGAUGUGAGAUUUGUACUAUUAUCUAUUUUACAUCAAAUAAAAUAAUCUGUCGUCCACCAAUUAAUAAACCAUCAAAACGAAUUACAUCAAAUAAUAUGGAACGAUUAUGUUAUGAUUCAGAACAUCCAUGGAUCAUUGUCAAUAUUGAUAAUAUUCAUUCACUUGUCGGAUAUAUAAUUUAUCCAAGAAAAAUAAUUAUCUUAGGUAUUGUUAGUGGAUGUUUAUUAACAAUUUUAGUUGUUGUUGUUAUUAUCUUAAUAUUUAUAUGUUUAAAAAUGCGUUAUGAACAUCAUAAACGUCGAUAUGUGUACGAUGAUAACAGUGAUAACAAGAAUAAAAAACAAUAUAUUGAAUAUCGAAAUGGUAGUACAAAUUUAAUUUAUCAGCAAGUACCAUUAAAACAAAGUGACGUGAUUGAACCACUCUACAAUCAAACAAUUACUCCACUUGUCUCAUUAACACCAAUUCGUUCCUAUGAAUCCUAUUUACAAACAUAUUUUAUUCGAAAAAAUCAAUUAUUGAAUAAACGGCGUUCGUCAACAUCGUACGACACUCCAAAACACUUUGUAUGCUCAGCAACAGAUGAUUUAAUUGAAAAAUUUCAAAUAUUUUUAAAAAAUGAACAGUUUAUCUUAGCAUUAAUUAAUAUUUUGGAUGAUGAUGAUAUUGGUGAUAAAUUAUUGAAUACAAUCGUUUUAACACAACAUCAAAAUAUUCAACAAUUUUUAAAAAUUAUUUUAACUUUUAAAAGUGAGAAAAAACGUUAUAAUUUAUAUUAUGAUAUAUAUGCUUUAAUCAGCUAUGAUUAUUUAAAAACUUAUGUAGCCAAUACUUAUUAUCAACUCUACUUAAUAUUAAAAGCAAAAAUGAAUAGUGGACCAUGUGAUUCAGUUGAAAAUUUAUCUUACUAUACAUUAAAUGAUAGACAAUUGCUCAAAGAUACCACGAUUUCAUUUAAACACAUUCAAUUAUGCGUUCACAUUGAAACAGCAGAUGACAAAUCCUAUGACUUAAUCCACAUUCAAUGUUUAACAUGUGAUACAAUAACACAAGUAAAACAAAAACUGAUUGAUCAAAUAUUUCAAUGUUUACCCUAUUCAAAACGUCCACAUUAUGAUGAUUUUGAUCUAAUUUUAUUUACAACAAAACUAAUAGCAAACACAUCAUCAUGUUCAUCUUCCUCGUCAUGUUCGUCCACAAAUUCAUCUUUACCAUUAACACGUAAAGCAACAAAUGUCACAAAACAUUUCUUUUUUUCCCGUAACAUUAUUCCAUCUAAACAUGAUCAUCAUCAUCAUCAUCAUCAACAAGAAUUAAUUUUAUUGCAUGAUAUUGAUAAUACAAGUGAAACGAGUAGUCAUAUGAAAAAAUUAAAUACAUUACAACAUUAUGGUAUUGUCAAAGAUGGACAUGAAUUUAAAUUUCAAUUGAUUAAAAAUAAUGAGGUUACACUAUCGAACUGUGGUAAUAAGAAUAGAAUUAAAACAACAAAUGAUCGAUUUAUUGAUAUCAAUACAUCAUCACGAUCAAUGACUAAUAAAAUCAAAUCAUCGACAAAUAUUAUUACCAAUCAUUUAUCAUCUCCAUGUCAUUAUUGUUCGCAUACUAUAUCAUCGAAUAGUGAUAAAAAAGAAUUUAAUUUUAAUUCAUUCUCAUUAAAAUCAACGUCAACAUUAAUGGAACAAGAGAAUAGUCGUAUAUUUCAUUUAUUAAAUCAUACAUAUGAAGAAAUUCGUGAUAGUCGUGAUUUAAUUCUUCAAAAUAGUGAUACAUGUCGAUUAUUUGAAACAAAAUCAUUAAUUAAUGUUCAUUUAUCAACAUUAAUUGAAAAUAUAUUUAUUAAUAGUGAUGAUUUUAUUCUAAAAUAUCUUGAUGGAAAUGAGUCUUUUAAUUUUGAAUUUUUUCAUAUUUUUUAUGCUCAUUUUAUACCGUUCAUUAUUCAUAGUUUAAAUUGUUUACUUGAUCUACAAUUACAUCCAUGUUUACAAAGUUCAUUUGAAAUAAUUGCUACUCUAAUUCAAAUUGGAUGUUAUCAAACAGAAGGACAUAUUAAUUGUUUAAUAUGCGAAAAUACAACUAAUGAUCAUAUUCACAUGAAUAUUCAAAAUUGUAAAUUAUUAUUUACCGAUGAAAUUCAACGAGUUCGUCUUUUGUACACAAAUAUUCAACGUCGAUUAACAAAUAAAUUGAAGAUGAAACAUAAUCCCGAUUAUUUUACAACAAAUAAAAUAUUGACUGAACAAAAUUUUGAACUUGAUCGAUCUAUUUUAAAUGAAUUAUUACAAUUUUCAUGUUCACAUUUUGAACAGAUUGUAAAUGGAAUUCAACAUACGGAACUUGUGUUUAAUUUUGUAACAUUUGUUCAAAUGUGUUCUGCAAAAACAUCAUUAUCAGUAAACAAAGUUUUCUAA